AUGGGUCUCUCUCGAUUCUCCAAUUUUCUAUCAAGAACACCAAAAACCACCUCUCUUCUCAACUCUCCUCCUCCUCUUGCCUUGAGAUCAUUUAUAAACAUCAAAAACCAAAAUCUAUCUUUCAAUGCAACACCCAAUAUUGAAAACCCAUGUGGGUCUCUGUUAAAUCCUCAUUUUACUGCCCACAGGUCAAUCCAUGCUGAUUUACAGCAAACCCUUGUCCUCAUUUAUGGCAACAACGAAACCCCACAAGUUUUAGUUGAUAAAAUCGUUAAAGACGCUGAAAAUAUCUGCAAAUUUUUGUCAAAAAGUCCCAAUUCUAGCGCUGAGGCUUUGCUCAAUAAGGCUUCUAUUGAAGUGUCACCAAGUUUGGUUUUUGAGGUAGUGAAGAAGCUAAGCAAUGCAGGUGCUCUUGCAUUAUCGUUCUUUAGAUGGGCAGAGAAUCAAAAAGGGUUUCAAUAUAGCACGGAGAGCUACCAUGCCUUGAUUGAAUCUCUAGGAAAGAUCAAGCAGUUUAACGUUAUAUGGAUGUUAGUUACUGACAUGAACCAAAAAGGGUUAUUGACUAAAGAAACUUUUGCACUGAUUUCAAGGAGAUAUGCAAGAGCAAGGAAAGUUAAAGAAGCAGUAGAGGCAUUUAUGAAAAUGGAGAAGUUUGGAUUGAAGAUUGAAUCAUCAGAUGUUAAUAGAUUGCUCGAUACUUUGUGCAAGUCGAGGCAGGUGGAGAGAGCACAAUUGGUGUUUGAUAAAAUGAAUAAGAGAAGAUUUGUCGCUGAUAUUAAGUCAUACACGAUAUUGCUAGAAGGCUGGGGUCAAGAGAAGAACUUGUCGCGGCUGACUGAAGUCUACAACGAAAUGAAAGAUGAGGGCUUUGAACCGGAUGUUGUCACUUACGGUAUUCUUAUCAAUGCACACUGUAAAGUUAGAAGGCAUGAUGAUGCAAUCGAGUUGUUUCUUGAGAUGGAAGCGAAAAAUUGCAAUCCUAGUCCUCACAUAUAUUGUACUUUGAUUAAUGGCUUGGGAGCUGAAAAGAGGUUGAGUGAAGCACUUGAAUUUUUUGAGCGAUCAAAGGCUAGCGGGUUUGUUCCAGAGGCACCUACUUACAAUGCUGUUGUGGGAGCUUAUUGCUGGUCAGAGAGAAUGGAUGAUGUGCAGAGGACAAUUGAAGAGAUGAGAAAAGGUGGGGUUGGUCCAAAUGCGAGAACUUACGAUAUUAUACUUCACCAUCUGAUAAGGGCUGGAAAAACUAAAAUGGCUUAUUCAGUUUUCCAGAAAAUGAGCAGUGAGGGAUGUGAGCCAACUGUGAGUACCUAUGAGAUUAUAGUGAGGAUGUUUUGCAAUGAGGAUAGAGUGGAUAUGGCAAUAAAGGUUUGGGAUCAGAUGAAGACCAAGGGAGUCCUUCCUGUUAUGCAUAUGUUCUCUACAUUAAUUAACAGUUUGUGCCAUGAGAAUAAGCUAGAUGAGACUUGCAUGUACUUUCACGAGAUGUUGGAUAUGGGUAUUCGGCCUCCAGCACAGUUGUUUAGUAAUCUCAAACAAAAUCUUCUUGAUGAGGGCAAGAAGGACAUUGUUGUGCUUUUUGAGCGGAAGCUUGAUAAGCUAAGGAGAGCUCCAUUAGUUAGUUGA